UUGGAGGGGUGAAUGUCGGGGUCAAAAGGGAGUUUGGAAAGGCAAUAUCAAACCCUAAGUCUGAUCAAGAGACAAUAAAGCACAACUUCAGGAGGAACUUCGUGAGGAAAUGAGAGAAGAGUUAAAGGCUAGCAUGAAGGCCAAUCUGCCUUCCAUUUUAGAAUCUAUGGGUUUAAGUCCCAAAUUACCUUCAAAACCUCCUUCGAACCACUCUCAACGUUCACCACCCAAGCAAAUGGAGCUACCCCAUGAGAAGGCUCUGCCAUCUGAGUUUGAGGAGGUUCGGUCGUCAUUCGAGGGAGAAACUACAUGCCACCUUAUACUUAAAGACCCAGAAUCUGGAGCAAUGUAUGACGUGGCGAGUACUACCGCAUAUCCACCUCGUGAGAAUGAAGUUUGUCACACUGUACUGUUACUUCCUGGUCAUUUGAAGGUGAAAAUUCAGAAAGUGCCAAAUGAAUUCUUGGGCUUGCCACUUUCUGUUCCUGUUCCGGCGUUCGAUAUUGAGGCAAUGGAGAAUGCUAUUGGUACAUAUGUGCAAUGGCCUACUACAUUAAUGAGGUUUUCGGUUGAGGUGAUAAGAUUCUGAUUGUAUUUAUUCAAUUAUAUGUAUUUCAUAUUCACCAAUCAUGUUAUCGUUUAUAGUUUAUAUUCUUUGAAUUUAAUUUUUAGGCGACACCGAAAGUUAAGAAGUUGAAGCGGAUGUCGCUAGAGAUGAUUGUUAGCAAUGAACUAGCCUCUGUCUUGUCGGCUUCUCGAAGAAGCCCGCAUAUUCACGAUACUAUUGUAGUUAGCCUUAGUCAAGAAUGUGAGUGGUUGCGGACAUUUAAUGGCUGCAUGCCAGAUGGUGAUUCUUUUGAAGUGAUUCUAGAUAGGACCUCGUUCCAUUACAAUGAAAAUAAAAAAAUUCUAGUAGACAAGAAUGAUAUUUCACAGUUCUUAAG